AUCACUUUGAAUAGAUUAGUACCGAACAGUGAAAUCGAACGAUCGGAUCGUUGCCGAGGAACACCGUGAAGUGUGAAUUAUUAUUGCAACAGUGAUAAACAAAUACAUGAUGAUGAAACGCGUCGCAGUUUUGUUCACCGCCGUUAUCAUGGUGCAAUGUCAGAGGCCUCCUUACGCCGGAAGUAGCAAGCCCUAUCCUUCGGUGCUUCCGCAGUACCUCGAAGAGCAAGCAGCAGCUGCCGCAGCGGCGGCUAAUUCCACUGGAGGAGUUCUAAAUAGAAUCGAUACGAGCAAUGGAACAAAUGUAAUUUCUUUGUCGGCAUCUCCAGGAGCAAGUAACGCGUCUGUCGCGUCGACGAUUCCUCCGGACUUACCGAUAGACGCGUUAGGAAAUAUCGAUUUGAUAAAUAGAAUCAAAACGUGGCCGAGAGAGAAGCAACCGUUCUGGUUCAUCAACUGGCAACAGAUCCAGAAACAUCGUGGUGAUUCGAACAACAGAGCUCAACCGGUUGAAACGCAACCAAAUUCAAGAUCAUUUUUCGCGGGUUAAAAUGAGAUCGUUAUGUAUCUUUGAGUAUUAUCAUCUUGUGUUUAAUUUCAGACGACAACGCACUGCCGUCGCUUCAUCGCUAGUCAAAUUCGAUUUUUUUUAAAUUCUUUUUAUAAUAUAAUUGAUCGGUGGUACGAUUAUUGAUUAUUAUAUAGACACAGGAUUAUAUCCAGUGAUUAUAUCUAAUACACAGCUAUUGCAAAUGGAAUGUUACUUAUGAUGCAGUAACAUUAAUUCCUGAUGGGUGAAUUAUUAUCACGUAAAGUUUGUUUGUUCUUUCCUUUUUUAUGUAACUGCAGAGAAGAGCGUUUGAUACUAUUUUUAAACAGCAGAGUUUUUAUCAAGAAUAAAAAGAUAUUAAUUAAAGAAGGUACGGUUGAGUGUGCUUGAAAAACUUUAAAUUUCCAAUCCACCUGCUGAGCAAGACGCGACAGCCAAUAAAACGCGAGAACGAGUCGGAAAGUCGUAUAAAUCCGAGCGUCUGAUUGGCCGAGGGAAGCUGCGCACGGGUAGUCAAGUAUACGCCGGUGACGUCAGAACAGUCCGUCCAAUGUAAGCGUCGGAAUUUCAGUAAUAACCCUACGUGCGUGUCGUACGGCGAGGCGUGCUUCUCGUAUUCGGUCGUAGAAACGUGAAAGUGGUAGAAUAUCUCGUUUCGUGAAAGAUGUAUACCGACAGUACAAUGCCGAUCGAAAUAAUCGUCCGAUAACCUUUUCAUUCAUAAACGAACACGCAUCAUUUACGAGGCAAAUGUAUUCGAUGAGCUUGCGUGUUAAGAAAAAGUCAGAUUGUACGCGAACCGCCACCGUACCUGGCAGUCCACGCGGCCCGGCCCCAAAACACUUUCGCCUCGCUAUAUACACGCGAAAUCGCAUCGUGUUUCAUUCACAACGCGAGCGCCACUGGCAAUGUCGGGAAGUGACAGCCCAACAUUCUUUCACGGCCAGCCCUGGUCCAGCUGGAUCGAAAGAAUCGGACGAGACAAGCCGUUGAGUAAGUGCGAUGUAUCUCAUCGAAAUGUUCGUUCGUUUGCUGUCGCUGCUUUAAACGCGACUAUGCCGACGAGCGUCUGGCUCGUGUACCUAACCUCAACUUCGAUGCUCCUCUUUGUCCGUCCGACUUUGACACAGGGCAUCGUUAGGGGCCCCGUCGCACACGUUUCUUUUAAAAGCAUACCCAACAAUUGUCCGGUGCGUUAAAAGUUUCACUAAUUCACCUCGCAAUACGGACAUUUUAUUAUCAAUUUCUUACGACAAUUAUGUAAUUCCUAGCGAAUCUUUAACUGUUAAAUACGGAGCGUCGAAACGUUAGCUUUAGAAGGAUAUAGUAUAUGGCAUGGAUAUCAUUGAGAAUUUGGUAAAUCAUUUAAAAACCGUACAGCCUUGCUCGUAUUAAUAUUAUUGUACACUUGUAUUUUUUAUAUCUGUGCUCUUUCUUAUGAAAUUUUGUUGGAAGAAUAUUAUGCAUGUACAAAAUGUAAACUUAAUAAAAGUUGUUUACCCAGAA